AUGGAACCAAAUAAUAAUAUUAGCAAUAGUAAUAAUGGUGGAAGUGGUAUUGAUGGUGAUGGUAAAGAAGAUAGUAUUUAUAGUUAUGGGUAUAGCAGCACCACCAAUAGUUAUAAUGGCGUUGGAAAUAAUAGCAAUUUAGAUAAAGAUGAUUUAGAUGUAUUUUCAUUACUAGAUUCGAUCACCAAUACAUCAUACCUACUAAAACCACCACCAAAAAUACAAAAACCACCAUCACCAUUUUCAUAUCCAAUCGAGUUAGAUCAAGAAGAGGCAUCAUUAAAAGAACAAGAAUUAAAAUUAUUAGAAUUAAGAUUAGAAUUACAAAAUACAAUUAUAGCAAAUUCUUUAAUAAAUAAUAAUAAUAAUAGUAAUAAUAAUAAUAAUGAUAAUAAUAAUAAUAAUAAUAAUAAUAAUAAUAAUAAUAAUAAUAAUAAUAAUAUACAACUAAAUAAUUCAAGUUUAACACCACCAAUAAUAAAUAUUAGUUUACCAACAACUCCAUCAACUGUAAAUUUAACACCAAAAAAACCAAACCUUUAUAUAAAUACUAAAUUACCAAAUGAAAAUGAUGAUAUAAUUAUUACACCAAUUGUACCUUUAUCUGGUACAAUUACCCCACCGAUUCCAGUAGAUUCACCAAUUAGUUUUGCUGAAACUGAACAAAUUAUAGUGGUACCACAAUUACAAUUAUUAGAUGAAAUAAUAAAUACUACUGAUAAUAUUGGUGGUGGUGCUGCUGAAAAAUUACAAAAUAUAGAUCCAGAAAUUAUAAUAAAACUUGAAACAGAAAUUAAAAUAUCAUCAGAUGAAAAAGAAAAUAAAGAAGGAGGACAAGUAGAAAAUAAAGAAGAAAAAGAGAAACUUGAUCAAAAACUAGAAAAUGAAAAUGAAAAUGAAAAAGUUAAAGAAAAAGAAAAAGAAGAUGAAAAAGAGGAGCAACAAGUAAAAGUAAAAGAAAAAGAAAAAGAAAAGGAAAAUGAAAAUGAAAAAAAUCAUAAUGAUAAAAAUGAUGAUGAUGAUGACGAUGAGGAUAAUGAAAAAGAUAAAAUUUCAAAAACAACAGUUUCUGUUUCAAUUAAAGUUUCAAAUGAAAAUACACCAAUAAUAAAUGCAACAGAUAGUAGUAGUAAUAGUAUUAAUAGUAGUAGUAAUAAUAGUAUAGCUACAACACCAGGUAGACUGUCAUCAAGCGGAUUAAUUAAUCAUAAAAAGUAUGAUGAAUUUAUUGAACCAACUUUCUUUUUAAGUACAGCAAGUAUUGGUUUAAAUCGUUUGAAAAGUAGUAAUGGUGCAAGUGGUUCGAAUAGCGGUAAUGUUAGUCCUUCUGGACCAACACCAAUUUUAUCAACACUAUUCCAGAAAAAUAAUUCAAAACAGGAUUUAUUAAAAAAUUCUUCAGAAAAUAGUUUUUGUAAUAAUAAUAAUAAUAAUAAUAAUAAUAAUAAUAAUAAUAAUAAUAAUAAUAAUAAUAAUAAUAAUAAUAAUAAUAAUAGUAAUAAUAGUAAUAUAAAUAAUAAUAAUAAUAAUAAUAGUAGUAAUAAUAAUAAUAAUAAUAAUAAUAAUAAUAAUAAUAAUAAUAAUAAUAAUAAUAAUAAUAAUAAUAAUAAUAAUAAUAAUAAUAAUAAUAAUAAUAAUAAUAAUAAUAAUAAUAAUAAUAAUAUAAAUGGAUUUUCCACAAUUAAAUCAUCAUCAUCAUCAUCACCAACAAAUUCACCAUCAUCAUCACUUAAUAUAAUGAAUUUCUUUAAUACAGGUAGUAUAAGUUCUAUAGUUGGUAGUGGAUCAAGUAGUUUGGGAAAGGGUAGUAGUAAGAAAAUAAAGGAUAGUUAUAGUAAUAAUAAUAAUAAUUCGUCAACAGCAGAUUUAUCAGAACAAGUUUUAUUAGCAAAUAUGGAUAAUCCGUUCAGUAGUAUUCCAGGUAGAAUAAAAAAGAAUUUAGAUAGACGUGGUGCCACAAUUGCAAAUCCUCAACAAUUAACAAGUUUAAUAAAAUCUGGUAAUACUGCAAAACUUCAAAAGUUUUUUGGUUUAGAAAAAGAAGAUCUAUUAGCUGUUAAUAUAAUUCAACAACAACAAUUACAAUUACAACAUCAACAUCAACAACACCAACAAGCUCAUCAACAUCAACACCAACAACAACAACAACAUCAACAACAAUUAAAAAGUAGAAGUAAUACUACAAAUACACCACUAAUGAUGUUUAGUGUAUCAGAGAAUAAUUCACCAAAUAAUUCACCACCAGUAUCACCACCAUCUUCACCAAUGUUAUCACCAUUAUCAUCCUCUCCACCAUCAUGGAUUAGUGGUACUUCACCAGCUCGUAAAUUAAGAGGUAGGGCUGCAACUGGAAGUUUACUUUCAGGAAGUAGUAGUAAUAAUAAUACAACCACAACUACUACCACAACCACUAGUAAUAGUAAUAGUUUAAGUAAUAAUAAUAGAAGUAAUAGUUUUGUAGAUAGUAGACCAUUUCUACCACCAGUUAAAACUAUGCCAAAUAUUGGUGGUGGUCAAUAUAAUACUACACCUCCAUUAUUACCAUCACAAACUGGUGAUCAUGUAGUUAAAACACCAAAAGAUUAUCAUAGAAAACCAAAGUUAUUAAUUGCUAAACUUUUGAAAAAUAAUUCAUUGUAUAUGGAAAAAGAGAAAGAGAAAGAGAAAGAAAAAGAAAAAAAUGAAUCUUCAAAACUCGAUAUUAAAAAUUUUGCAGCAUCAGGUGGUCAAUUAUCUUUAUCUUCUAAUCAAAUAAUUUCAAAUAAUAGCAAUAGUAGUAGUAAUAAUAAUAAUAAUAAUAAUAAUAAUAAUAAUAAUAAUAAUAAUAAUAAUAAUGGAUUAAGUAAUAAUAUUGUAAUUAAUAAUAGUAAUAAUAAUAGUAAUAAUAAUUCAGCAUCAUCAUCACCAACAUCAAGUAAUAGUGGAUAUUUAAAUGAGAGUAAUUUUAUAUUAUCGUCAAGUUCAAAAGAAUCAUUAUCAGCUUUGAUGAAGGAUAGAAUUGGUUAUGAUUUAUUUAAAAUUUUUUGUAAGGAAUUAGUGAAUAAACAAGGUACGAAUCUGGUUAAUAUACUUUUAUUCAUUGAAGAGGUUGAAAGUUUUCAAAGUGGUAUAUUUAAUACGGAUCAAUUGGUUUUGGAGGAAACUGAUAGAAUUUUCUAUAAAUUCAUUUUAGAAUCUACAGCUGCCGAAUUUGAUAUCAAUAUACCGAAACGUUAUUUCUAUCAAAUUAAUCAUCACAUCAAAGAAAAGAUUCCAAAUAAAUAUGUAUUUGAAAAGGUUUUAAAAGCACUUAAAGAUGAAACCUCUGCCGAUGCUUUCAAAAGAUUUUGUAUACUACAUUCAACAACUAAUGGUACUUCUGCUCCAACAAAUUCAACAACUAUACAUUCGCCUUCUUUGGCCGUUCCAUUAUCUAGCUCAUCUUGGAAUGGUUUAUCAAAGGAAACGUCAAAUAGUUUAGUUAAUAAUAAUACAACGCCCAAUACAUCAACAGCUUCACCAUCAAUUACAGCUUCAUCAUCAUCAACAUCUAUAAAUAAUAAUACAACAACAGCAACAGCAACAACAGUAACAACACCAGUUAUAGUUCAUCAACGUCAUCAUAGUUCAACAGUGUCAGGUCAUUAUGGUGGUCAUCGUAAUCAUUUACAACAUGUUAAAUUAUCUCACUCAAAUUCACCUUCACCAUCAUCAUCGCCACCAGAUUCAUAUACUUCUAAUCAACCAUUAAUUUUCAAUGGUUCUCCAUUGGGUGUUAGUGGUAGUGAUUAUUCAUUUAAUAAAUUUGGUAAUAAUAGUUUAGUUCCACCAAAUUUAAAUAUAUCACAGGCUAGUGGUGGUGGAAGUGGUAAUAGUAAUAAUAAUAAUAAUAAUGAAUUAAUUAUAAAUAUUAAAGGAUUAAGUCCACCAACAUCACAUAUUUCAUCACCACCUCUAUCACCACGUCUUUCAAUGAUUAGACCGCACUUUACAAAUGGGUCAAUGAAAUCAUCAUUAUUUCAACAACAAUUACAGCCAACUGGAUCUAUCAAUUCAUCACCAAUCAACAAUCACCAGGUUAGUGGUGGUUGUGGUGGUGACCAAACAACUGAAUUACAAACUGAAACUUUAGAUGAUUUCAUUCCACAUGGUGUUGCAUUUGGAUUUAAACGUGGUGCUUGCAAACCACCUUGUGAUUGUUUAACCUAUCAAUCUGAGGGUGAUAAAGGUGGUGCCUGUUUAAAUUGUGGUCAUUAUCCUGCACUUCACAAAAAUUUAGGUAAAAUUAGUAAUAGUAAUAAUAGUAUUGACAUUGAUUCAUUACAGCAACAGCAACAACAUCAACAAAUUCAUCAUCAAUCAAAUUUAUUACCAAAUACACUUUUAAAUUUAUCAAAUGUAACUAUGGCGUCCGGUGCUUUAUCACCUUCAACUUUAAAUCAACAACAACAUCAAAUUUUACAACAACAACAACAACAACAACAACAACAACAACAACAACAACAACAACAACAACAACAACAACAACAACAACAACAACAACAACAACAACAACACCAACAACACCAACAAUUCCAACCAAAUCCUUCACCAUCACCACCAUUAACACCAUCAUCAAAUAGCAUUAUACAACCAUCACAACAACAACAACCACAACAAAUUGUAAAUACAUUAAUAAAUUCAUCAUCAGACAACACAUUGGUAUUACCAACCAUUCCAAAUAUUACAAAUACGCCACCAUCACCAACUCAAACUUUACCACUACCUUCAUCUUCAUCAUCUUCAUUGGUAAUACCAAAUAGUAAUAUAAAUUCAUCACCAACAUCACCAUCAUUAUCAUAUAAUAAUAAUAGUAAUAGUAAUAGUAACGCAGGCGUGGGCAGCAUCCCACUUUCAUUUAAUGAAAUUGUAAAUAGUAAUAACUCACCAAAUAUAAAUAACAAUGGUAUUAUUAAUACAAGUAGUAACAAUAAUAUCAACAAUACCAACGCAUCAAUCAACGGUUCAGCAAAUCAAUUAUUUAAUAAUCCAAUGACUUUUAGCGGUAAUGAAAUUGUAUUACCACCAAUUGUUCAAUCAUCAGGUGGUAGUUUAUUCACAGAUAGUCCAUUAUCAUCACCAAAACGUAUCCAUUUCCACAAUGGAAUUGGUAAUGGUGAUCUUUUAAAUAAUAGAGCUGUUCUUCAUUCAACUGUAUCUAAUAAUAACAAUAUAAAUAGUAAUAAUAAUAAUAAUAAUAAUAAUAAUAAUAAUAAUAAUAAUAAUAAUAAUAAUAAUAAUAAUAAUAAUAAUAAUAAUAAUAAUAAUAAUAAUAGUAAUAAUAACAAUGGAAAUGAUUCACUAGCAAUUCUUCAGAAAUUAAUAGCAAAUGGAGGUUCUUUAAAAAAUGCAAUCUAUAGUUUAAACAAUCGUAGUAAUAGUAGUAAUAAUUUAAUGUCAAAUAAUAAUAUUAAUAAUAGUAAUAUACCAAAUAGAUUAUUAAAUAAUCGUAGUAAUAGUAGUAAUAGUUUAAUGUCAAGUAAUAAUAAAAAUAAUUAUAAUAAUUAUAAUAGUAAUAAUAAUCAUAUAUAUAGUAAUGAGGAAUUGACAGAAAUUCAUCAACAACAACAAUUACAACAACAACAACAACAACAACAACAAUUACAACAACAACAACAACAACAACAACAACAACAACAACAACAACAACAACAACAACAACAACAACAACAACAACAACAACAACAACAACAGGAAAAUAAUACAACAACAACAACAACAACAACAAGUAAUAGACCAUUUAGAUCAAAUAAUCCAACAAUUAGUCAAGAAUUGGAUACUAAAGUAUUAAUGAAUUUCAAUAAUUGGGCAAUUGAUGGAGAAGAGAUUGUAUUUUUAAAUAAAUUAGGAGAGGGUACAUCAGCAAAAGUAUAUAGAGCAACAUGGCGUAAUCAAGAGGUAGCAGUAAAAGUUUUAAGAUCCGAACCAGAGUCACAAAAACUAUUGGAUUUCUUAAAGGAAUUGGAGAUUAUGUCAUCAUUGAGAUCUCCACAUGUAGUUUACUUUUAUGGUAUGGUAUUGGAUCCAAAGAUUUGUAUGAUUAUGGAAUAUUGCUCAAAUCAAACUCUAUAUCAUCUAAUGCAUCUUCAAAUGAACUUCACAUGGGAUUGGGUAUUCAAAUUUGCAAUUGAAAUGGUUAGAGGUGUAAAUUGUCUUCAUAGUUGGAAACCAGUGAUUGUACAUCGAGAUCUAAAGAGUUUAAAUCUUUUGGUUUCCGAUAAUUGGACUAUAAAAGUUGCUGAUUUCGGCCUAAGUCGUUUUGCAACAGCUAAAUCCGCUUCAAAUAGAACUACUCGUGGUACCUUUGCCUAUUGUGCACCUGAAGUAUUUUAUGGAAUUCAUACCACCAAAGGUGACAUUUUCUCAAUUGGUAUCAUUCUAUGGGAAUUGGCAGUUCGUUGUAUAAAAUCAAAAUAUGAAAAACCUUUCUCUGAAUUUAAACAUAUUCAAUAUGAUUUUCAAAUACUUGUUCAAACAUCAAAGUUUAACCUCAGACCUACAAUCCCCCAAAAUUGUCCAGAAGCUUUUUCAAAUUUAAUUUCAAAUUGUUGGGAGAGUUCUCCUGAUAAUCGUCCAAGUUGUCCUGAAAUUUUAGAUUCACUAUUGGAUAUGGAAAAGAAAUAUACCGAAAAUAAAAGAAAAUGGGAUAAGAUUAGAGAAAAACCAAAGAAAUAG